ACUUUUGGUCUGUACGUCCCCUCAAGUCGGAGUUUGGAGGAGGAUUUCCCAACACGAUCGAGGGGAACAAUGGACGAUCAUGCUUUUCUCGUUUCCCUGAAGCAACGCUGCAACCGUCGGACAUUGGUCACUCGCACCAUCACUCCCACCAGAAGGAACCGUCCAAGAAGGUCGUGGAUCUACGUAUCCUUCCAUCCCAAGGGAUUCUGAGGCAACGCCAAAUGACAGAUUUCACCGUCUCUGCCCCCUCACCGCAACAAAUUGGCUACUACGCUUGCGUCAUAAGUCUGUUCGUGGAGCAACUCGAGGACACUUCCUCCACCGCAAUUUGUGGUUUCAUUAACGAGCUUGAGAACAUCGGAAUGAACGACGUCCCAAUACACCUGGAUUUUCUGAAGAAGUCCAUGCUGGGCAAAACAGGAGGACGACACCCCCCAAGCAGGCCUAAGAAGUUGCUCCAGUCCAACAGCGGUGAGGGAAAUCUGGGGGAGGAGGACGACGAGGAAGAGGAGGAGGACGAGGGCGAACUCGAGUUUAUCAUGCCACCCAGAUCCACGAUGGGGGGUCAUCCCUGCGCUGAACCGAAAAAGUUCUCUCGUCGCAGUUGGACCACGACAGAUUCAAGCGGUCGAGAAAGUGGAGUCGAUAAUGAAAUUAAACGUCUUGGAGAAGGCACAAAAACUAGUCCUUUUUAAUUAAAUUAAGGAGAACAACAUACGAAUUAUGCAAAUAUGUACAUUUUAUAAACAACUUGAUUUCUCCUUCAGCUCGUCGACCCAGAAGUUGGGGGGUGAAGAAUCUGGACGUUCUCAAACCCAUAGUGGAGGUGGAGAUUUGGCUGCGGUGUAUGCCGUUGGAAGUACGAUUUAGUCCCCCCGUCAUUGUGGGACGCGGUUCAAUCAGCUCGAGAGUAGAGCGGGUCAUCACCGUCACAAACGACUCCCAGUGGCCUGUCCAGGUUCAACUCCCACAACUCAUGGAAGUGACGAGUUCAAUUUGCUGCGAACCGAACAACUUGACAUUGCAACCUUUGGAAAGUGCUGAUUUUACAGCAAUCAUUUGUCUCAAGAAUCAUGGCAAGAUGAACCAACCGCUCACUGGCACAAUGAAUGUGCUGGGUUCGAAAGUGAAGGUUCCCUUUUCCAUCCACUGUUCAAUUACUUGUACCGGUCCAUACAUCACCGCGUUGACACCCCUAGUUCAUUUUGGGUUUAUUCAGAUGAGCUGCGAGAAGAUGAAGACGAUUGCUAUACAAAACAUUGGUGACCGUCCGGCAAGGUGCGUGGCGUCUGUAAACGCACAAGAUCUCUACGAUUUUGACGGACACAACCUUUCACCUUACAAUUGCACUGUGGAGGGAAUGAAACUACUCAGAGUGUGGCCAUCGUGGGGAGUUUUAGAGCCUCAGGAGACGAUGGGCAUUAACGUCUACCUUUCAGCUGAGAUUGAAGGCGAUUUCGUGGCGUCCAUCACCGUCUCCGUGGAAGACGUUGCCGAUAGUAGCAUUUACAUCCCAGUUUGCGCCGUUGUUCAGAAUCCAUUCCUGUUUCUGGAAGAGAGUGAAAUCUUCAUGUGUCAAGAAACCCUGCAGAACAACAAGGUGGAGGACAGCUCGGUUACUCUGGUUAAUCCCACGGGAUUUCCCAUCACUUUUGUCUGGCAGCCUUGUCUUAUUGGGCGACAGAGUCAGAUGCUGUCAGUGGAAUUUUGUCCACAAACAGGAUUUGUUCCAGGUAGGGGAACGAUGGACGUGGUCCUGUCACUGAGUGCGAAUAGUGAAUACGUCGAUCUCAGAUAUGUUUAUGCCGUCUGCAUGGUGGAUGGAAUGAAAGAACCUUUGAUUCUAAAGAUUUCUUCAGAUUUUGAUAUGGAAUGACGGAACGGAACCAAAUUGAUCCAUAGCAAACCAAGGAAUUAUUUAUUCUGAAAAUAUUGUAUGAAAAUGUAUUAAAUAGAAUCCUUAUAACUGCCCAGUAAAUCCAAAGCAUACACACAAUAUGUCUGCUAACAAAGUAUGAAACAAGUCGUAUGUUUUUUUAAAAUAAAAUAUACGUAAAAAUUAAUACAUUUAUACAACUAGCCAAACUAAAGUUGUCCGCAGUUAGAAACUGUAACAUUAAUUUUAGGCCGGUGAUUUGCACCAACAGGCACAUUUUCUAUUUUUCGAAGGACGAGUAACCCAUCAAUCACUUUUCCAAAGACACAGUGUUUUUCGUUU